UGGGGACCCGGCCUGAGGAGCAGGGGAGGGAGCUUCGAGACUAGGGCAGCGCGAAAAGUAGGUGGUUUGGAGAAUUGGGGGUUUCCAGAAGGCGUUUACUGACUGAUCCAAAUAAAACAUCUGGUGUGUUCCAGCUUCCCUGAGCAUGGUGAGCAACAGCUGCCUCCCCAUAGCACCUCUGGGAUCCUCUGACAAGCCAGAUCCAUGCCUGGCCCAAGACAAGCUGCCUUGGCUUCCCUGCAGGUACCUGCCCUGGGAGGGACAUGGCUACUGGGCAGUACAAGAUGUGGACUCUCCUCCUUCAGGGCUCUGAUUACAAGGUUGACCUAGAGACAAGAUAUAAUAAGGAUGAGGAACUUCUCCUGAACAGAUAGAUGUCUGCUCAAAGUCUCCUUCUUCCAAAAACAGAGCGCUGGUUCUUAGAGGCUGAGGAUGGUGGUACACUCACAAACCUCAAGAUCCACCUGGUUGAAUAUGACUUCAGGGAUCUUCAAACAUCUUAUACACCAAAACCCAAAGAAGAGAAGCCUGCCCACUGCAAUUUGCUGGAAGUACUUGUAUAAAUGGCUCAGUGUGGCUUUUAUUCUUUGAUGCUUAUAAGGGUUUUUCUGGCAUUCACGGAGUUACAUGCCCAUUCAUCUGUCAAAACUGAAAGAGAAAUCUUACUCAAGAAAGUGUUCAAAGGCACAUGUCUAAAAAAAUGCAACAUAAUAAGACAAGUGAAAAAUGCUAGGUCCUAAAUAUUCUAAGCAUUCUGGGAAGCAUGGGUACAUUUUAAAACUGAUUGCUGUUCUAAUUCUCUGUGUAUCAUAUUCAUAGCUUUUAAAAAAAUUACUGAUUUCUUUGAUGAAGAGUUUAGCAAAUGCAGAAAUUGAAUCUUAAUUUCAGAAUGCUUUGAUUGCUUCUAAUUGCUUGUUGUUUUUUCACAUGUCUGAGUUUAAUAUCACAGAAAGCUUUUGAAUCAUUAGCUCUGGAAAAAUAACCCUGUCACUUAAUCACACAAUAAGUGAAUUACAGGCAUCCAGGCCAGCCAAGGAACCUGACCUGGAAGUUCCUUUCUAAGACUCAACUGGGAGAUUCAUCUGUCUUCAGCCAUGCAAAUCAUUUCUCAUCUUAGUGGAAAAUUUCAGGAUGGCCUCACAGCUAUAAAUUUCCAGGCUCAUCUGGAAAUUCAUUGCCCCAUCCACAACUGAACAUUCUAGGCAAUGGAAGAAGCUUUGAGUUAUAUUCACUCUCUGAAACAAGGGAUUCUUGAAGGUCUUGAGAUGGGAAGGAAAGAGGCAGGACACAAAUGCUACAUAAUGAAGAAGGGGCGCAGCGGUUGGGAUGUGAUGAAGACCAGCUGGAACCAGCUGCAAACAAUGUGGCUGUGAGAAUAGCCCAGGCAUUGACCUUUAGCUCAUUAUACCUUCCUUGUAACACUAAAAAUCACUCCCCCUUACACCUGACAGUUCCCAGGAAGACCAAAAAGGCCAGAAAGUUCCCAGUGGCCCAAUUCCUGGGAAAUCCCCAAAAUAGCAAGAAUAUUCCUCCCACUCAGUAGCCUAUGAAAUUAGCCCAUAAAAACCUAUGGCCCCAUUCCUGGGGCCACUCUCACUUCCUGAGACGUCCACAUUCUGCCUAUAGAAUGUGCAUGUCUAAAUAAAUUUGUUUUCCCUUUACUCUGGCUGGCUCUUGAAUUCUUUCCUGCCAAAAACCCUCACUUGGCAAUCGGUCCUAAGACUCCUGCAGGUCCCAUGACGUGACAUUUCCCUCUCCUGCAACAGUCUUACCUUGCCAGCCUCCCCUUCUCCCUCUCCCCGCCUGCCUCGCCACCCCCCCCCCCCCGCCCCUGCAGCACUAACAGUAUGAUGCAGAGGGAGCCUUAAAAUGACCUGUACCGCAGGUUGUGGUUAGCCCUUAACUUAAGAACACAAACUUUGGAAUUAGACCUGACUUCAGGACUUCCCACUUUUAGUUGUAUACCCUAGGGAAAGUUAUUUACUCUCUCUGAGUCUCCAUUUCUUCAUCUAAAGAAUGGAGGAAAUAAUCUCAACCUCAAAUGGCAUAAGAAUCAAACAAGAUGAUAUAUAUAAAGCACGUACCCUAGUUCUCGGCACGUGAUAAGCGCACAUGAAAUGGUAGCUAUUAACGUUAUUGCCGUUGUUGUUUCUAUUUUUUUUUUUUUGAGAUUGAAGUACAGUUGAUUUACAAUGUUGUGUUAGUUUCUGGUAUACAGCAAAGUGAGUCAGUUAUACAUAUAUGUAUAUUCUUUUUCAGAUUCUUUUCCAUUCGAGUUUAUUACAGGAUAUUGAGUAUAAUUCCCUGUGCUAUACAGUAGGUCCUUGUUGUUUACCUAUUUUAUCAGUAUAUAUAGUAGUUUGUAUCUGCUAAUCCCAAACUCCUAAUUUAUCUCCCCCAUCCCUUUUUCCCUUUGGUAACCGUAAGUUUGUUUUCUAGGUCUGUGAGUCUGUUUCUGUUUCGUAGAUAAGUUCAUUUGUAUUAUAUUUUAGAUUCCACAUAUAAGUGAUAUCAUAUGCUAUUUGUCUUUCUCUGUUUGACUUACUUCACUUAGUAUGAUAAUCUCUAGGUCCAUUGUCAUUUCUAUUUCUAAGUUCUGUCUGCCAGUCGUUCUACACACCCAACCAUCGGUGGAAAUCUUUGAAUCUUAUCAGUGGACGGGAGUUUUAAAAUUUUGUUCCUCAACCCACUUAAUUUACAGCUAAACAAGAGUGAAGGUUUUGGAGAAGGGAGGAAGGGGAGAGAGACCUGGUGCUACUUUUCCCCUGUGACAGAAGGGAGUUUACCAAGAAACAGAAGAUGGAUACCACACUGUUGGGUGGGACAGGAGAGAGUGGCAAGAGUACGUUUAUCAAGCAGAUGAGAAUCAUCCACGGGUCGGGCUACUCUGAUGAAGACAAAAGGGGCUUCACCAAGCUGGUGUAUCAGAACAUCUUCACGGCCAUGCAGGCUAUGAUCAGAGCCAUGGACACGCUCAAGAUCCCCUACAAGUACGAGCACAAUAAGGCUCACGCACAAUUAGUUCGAGAAGUUGAUGUGGAGAAGGUGUCUGCUUUUGAGAAUCCGUAUGUAGAUGCAAUAAAGAGUUUAUGGAAUGAUCCUGGAAUCCAGGAAUGCUAUGACAGACGACGGGAAUAUCAGUUAUCUGACUCUACCAAAUACUAUCUUAAUGACUUGGACCGCGUUGCCGACCCUGCCUACCUGCCUACGCAACAAGAUGUGCUCAGAGUUCGAGUCCCCACCACAGGGAUCAUCGAGUACCCCUUUGACUUACAAAGUGUCAUUUUCAGAAUGGUCGAUGUAGGGGGCCAAAGGUCAGAGAGAAGAAAAUGGAUACACUGCUUUGAAAAUGUCACCUCUAUCAUGUUUCUAGUAGCGCUUAGUGAAUACGAUCAAGUUCUCGUCGAGUCAGACAAUGAGAACCGAAUGGAGGAAAGCAAAGCACUCUUUAGAACAAUUAUCACGUAUCCCUGGUUCCAGAACUCCUCAGUUAUUCUGUUCUUAAACAAGAAAGACCUUCUAGAGGAGAAAAUUAUGUAUUCCCACCUAGUUGACUACUUCCCAGAAUAUGAUGGACCCCAGCGAGAUGCCCAGGCAGCUCGAGAAUUCAUCCUGAAGAUGUUCGUGGACCUGAAUCCAGACAGUGACAAAAUUAUCUACUCCCAUUUCACAUGCGCCACAGACACCGAGAACAUCCGCUUUGUCUUUGCCGCCGUCAAAGACACCAUCCUCCAAUUGAACCUGAAGGAGUACAAUCUGGUCUAAUUGUGCCUCCUUGACACUGCCCUUCCCUUCCCUGGUGGGCUAUUGAAGCUAUACAAGAGGGACUGUAUUUCUGUGGAAAGCAAUUUGCAUAAUACUAAUUUAUUGCCGUCCUGGACUCUGUGUGAGCGUGUCCACAGAGUUCGUAGUAAAUAUUAUGAUUUUAUUUAAACUAUUCAGAGGAAAAACAGGAUGCUGAAGUACAGUCCCAGCACAUUUCCUCUCUUUUUUUUAGGCAAAACCUUGUGACUCAAUGUAUUUUAAAUUCUCAGUCAUACUCACAAAGAGCUGUUUCUUCCUCUCUCUCUCUCCCCUCUUCUUUUCUAUUGAGCAAAAUGAAGCUGAUUUUCCUUUUCCUAACCCAUCCCUUCCUCCUGAUUUUUCCCACAUUACAAUGGCCUUUAUCCUAGUUCCAUUCUUGGUCAAGUUUUUCUCUCAACUGAUACAGUCAGGACAAGUGUCAUUCAAUUUAAGCCAUCAACAUCAGCUUAAUUUAACAGUUUGUAGUUUUUGCUGAAGGAUUAUAAGUAUUAAUACUGUGGUUUUAAAUGUAUUGCUCUGGAUAUACAUGUAGAGGUUUUUUUAUAUAAAUACAUUGUUUUGCCUCACUUUGGGCUGGGACAGUGGAUGCCCAUCUAACGGUUAAGUGUCUUUUUUUUUCUUUUUUUUUUUUUUUUGGAUUUCUACCUUCAGCCAUAGCUUGGUUGCUCAGUGAACUGUACAUAAGUCAGUAAGGCAAGGGCCAAGACACACAGAAGUCCGUCCUUUUGAAAUGCCAUGUGCCAUUGUCCUUCCUCCUUUCCUUCCCUUUUUUUUUCACCUUGCUUUCUUCAAACUGCAGAUGCCAAAAAAUAAUGCCAAGAGACACUACAUUAUUCCAAUGGCUGCUACCCAGAUCCUUUUCAUAGGUUGCUCUUAAUUUUUUUUUCCUUCAGUUCAAACUUUUCCUCCCUUUUUUUUUUCCUUAGUGUUUGGGCCACAAUUUUUAAAAUGACUUUUAUUAAUGGGUAUGUGUUGCCAAAGCUGGCUUUUAAAAAAAAAUUUUUAGUAAGAACUUAAAAGCCAGUAUCUUAAAAUGUAAGAGAGUAAGACUGUGAAGGCUAAAGUGUUUGGCUGCGAAUGAACCUGAAAUACCAGUUGCCAAACAGUUGGUCACUGUCAACUUGACUCUCAUAGUCCAUCCUUUUCUUUGCCCUUAAAAUCAUUGUUUUGUGUCCACAUUCCAUGUUGAGCAUCUAAAUCAACAAUGUGGAAAAGCUGUCCUGUGUGAUACCCCAUGAAAUCUGCUUUUCUCUCUUCAUUUGAAGCCAGUUUUACUCUCUUUGUGUUCUUUAAGGUCAAGUAGGUCUGCCAAGAACAUUGGUUGAUAGUAUUAUUCUGACACCUUUAAUUUGCAGAAUCUGAAGUUACUGCUCGUUUACCAUCUUUGGGAUCUUAAACUGGUGACUGGCUGAGUUGAACUUAAGGAAGAUUUGUGGACCGAAACUCAAAAGUAACCUCUCUGUUCUGUAGAACAUGUAUUUAUAAAACUGAACAUAGUAGGAGAGAGAUCUGGAAUUCUAUAUGUGCAAUUUUUCAACCAAUGCAAAAAACACAGCACAUGUAUUGAUGAGCUUCUGUCAAGCAGUUUGAGUUGAAAUAUGAUUUAAGAACAUAAGUCAUGACUGUUUUAAACCUGCUGGGAAGUUAGGAUUAGGCCAUGAUGCUGGUCUCAGUUUAACUACAAUACUAUUUGGCACGAGUCUAAACUUUCAUAUACAUCACUCUUUUGGAACAGUAAAGGAGAGGGAGAAAAUCAAUGGCUUAUCAGAUGAGUACCAGAGUUCCUAAGUAGUAAUGGGAUGUUCCCAUUCUUUACUCUCCCAGCCUCAAACUACACAGGUUACUUGGUUUUUUUUUCCUCCUUAUUCAGAAAGCACCUGUAAUUUAAUGACUGCCUGUAGGUUUAGUGCAAUUACGAAUGCUCUAAUCAUUGUACAUACAUCUCUCCCUUGAUAUUGCAUCAUCCAUCCUGGCUUUGUAAUCAUUAAUUUUUUGGCAGAUUGAAUGUGCUGUAUUGAUAUGUAUCUAUGUAAUUGUAUUGUGUGUCUUGUAGCUAAUUCACAUUUUGAAUAAUGUUAUUUUAUUUACUUUUUUAAGAGAGGAGAAUGUAAAUUUGUCAGUUUAUUUCUGACUAGGGAUAUUUUUUUUUUCCAUUUAGAAAAGAAAAAAAAAACCUUACUAUCGUACGGAGCGGUACUAGCAUCGUGCUAUAUAAAAUCAUUUGCACAUUCCUGAGUAGAGGUAUACUGAUUCUAAGACCCAAAGGUCUUAAGACCCAAAGGUAAUUUCAUAGCAAAAAUCAGUUGGAGCUUUUAUACAAACAUGGAAACCAACUUUGUAGAACUUUUGCCAUUUGACCUAGGAUUGGAAUAUGAGCUUUUAUACAAUUCAUAUUCUUAUUUGGCAAAUAUGCACAGUUUAGUAUUACCUCUCUGAUGGCCUUUAUUAGAAAGGCAGUUUUAGAAGCUAUUGUGAUCCACUAAGGAAAUGUUUUAACAGCUAGCGACCACUGCUUGCCUGAAAGGGCGAUCUUAAAUUUGGUGCAGCAAAAGAAAAAAAAAAGAAAAAAAAAUAUAAACAACAACAUUUGAAGGCCUACAGUGUGUAUAGAGAAAACCUCAUCACAAGGUCAUAAGUGUUACAGUUUUAGGGAAUCAAGAUAUUCUAUUUAAUAGAGCUAUAGUAGAUGUAGUCAAUUAAACCUGAUCUCAAAGCUCAAAGAAGCUGAGCAAAACAGGGAAAGAUUGUUAUAUUUGUCUUUAUGAAAUCGGGAUGGAAUUGCUAUGCAGAAUUGCGGUUUGUGGUCUCACUGUUCAUCUUAGGGUGCAUGACAAGAUCCCUUCUCUUGAGAAAGGAAAAAAUUGAUCACCCUAGUUACAGUGACGCAUAGAAACCGAAUUGUAUCCACACUAGUCAGUCGAAGCUAAAGGAUUUUCUUUUUUGUUUCUUUGGGGUUUUACUGAAGGGUCUGGGGUGGGAAGGGAUUCUUUUCAGUUUUGUAUAAAAACGAAGUUUACUCAUGCUUUCUAUUAUUAUUGUGAUUGCAAGCAUUCUAAGCGUGUGCCGCUGGACCCCUCUUGUGAUGCUCUCGGUAACAGUAACGGAGGCCUGUGGCGAGUUUUGUGGUGACUUGGGCAUGUCUUAUUGAAAAACAAAAACACAAAACACAGAAACCUUUCUUCAGCAGACCAAGGCAAGCAGCCGUCUCAUGACUCACUUAACACAUUGCAGUGUACCAGUUUACAGAUGAUUUUUCCCUUUUUGCGUGACAUGGCAGUUCCAACCCACAGAGAAUCCCUUAUUUGUAAAUUGGAGGUUUGUACUAUGCCUUACAGAGCUUAAAUUCAGAAGUUUGUGCCUCAUAUCUGAAACAAAGGGAAAUAACAAAAGUAAGUAAAUCCCCUCAAAGUGUUUGUUUUUAAAUACAUUUUCAUAUAAAGAGCUCUGUUGAAUGUCAUGAAUAGAUUGGGGGGAAAAAUCUUCUAGAAACCUGCAUAUGUUGUUUACUAGCAGAUGACAUCUACACAAGGUAUUUAAGGAACACCCGAAACUUGUAUUUUUUUGUAGAUUAACUAGCAGGUCUAAUAUUUAAAAAAGGUAAUUCAGCUAAAGGACAAUUUACUUUUUGUACUUCAGACUAUCUUGAUUGUCAAGGUGUACGAACUGUAAUUUUAAAAUUUAUACUGCCACAUGAUUGUAAAUUUUAGUUGUCUUAAGUUAGGAAUCAGUGAAAAGCUAUUUAUGCUGGAUAGGGGUCAAAAAUGACUAUUAUUUGCAAAAAAUAUAUAAAAAUAAUGGGAAGAAAGGGCUGCAUAAUGAGAUACUGCAAGACUCAGAUACUGGUUGGAAAAUCAAGUUACCCUCAAUUUCCCUUUGUUUUCAGUUUCUCAAAAAAUGAAUGAAAUGAAAUAUAGCAGAAUGUUAACCCAUAUAAAAAUAAAGUGUACCCAAAUAUUGUAACGAUAUUGCUGCUCUUCUUAAAAUUAAAUAAGGGUUUAAAACCACUUAAUUGGUAAUUGACAACAUCUCAGUUGACACAGAUAAGGUGUGCUUGGUAUACUGUUUUCUUCCAAAGGUUAUCUUUGGUUAGAAACACACACAAAAAUUAAAACUAGUAAGUAACAUUGUGUUUAUCUAUCUCUACAUAUUUCCAGCAUAUGUAGCGUUAAUUGAUCUGUCCUGGUAACUAUGUCUUUGGGAUUUCAUUUUGAUUCCAUAAAAUUAGGAAAAGAAAUGGCUUAGUUGUAUAUGACUAGCUAGAGAUUUUUGGAGCCAAACACCUGCUGUUUCGUAGAUACUUAGUACACAGUCUGAACUUGCCACUUGUUUUUCUCACAGAAUAACCAUUUCCUGCUGUCUUCCCAACUACCAAUGCCCUUCAAUAACCCUGUUGCUUCUAGAAUCAUCUGUUCAAAGUAUGCAUAUACACCUAGCACAUAGUAGGUGCUCAAAUAUUAAUUUCCUUCUUACCUCCCUUAUCAUGUAUCUUCCAUUGCCCCAUAUGAUUCCACCCCAAUAGUAAGUGGCAUUUACAUGUUAUGAAAACAUCUAUUGGGUGAAAUUGGAUCUCACUUGGAUAAAGGAAUUCUGACUUCCAUAUAAGCUUUGGUAGACAGAAAAACAACAGGGAGAAGAUAUUCUUCAAUAGAAUAUUUUUAAGUUUAGAAAAGGAAGAUGGAAAAUUACUAUGUAACUUUGUUCAGGUUACUUCGACUGAAACACAUGUUUUUGGUGGAUUUCUUUUCCUCAAAGAACUCUCUAAAUGCAACUUGCUGGAUUCCUCACCUGUCAUCAUGCUGGAAACCCUUACUAGACCUAUGUAUUUUAGGGAGUUUUGUCAGAAAAACAUUUUUAACUUGCAGUAUUUAAAAGAAUCAUAUUUACUGUUCUUAAAAUGUCAUUCAAAUGCAUGUAUUGUCUAUUGUUUGGGGAUGGGAACUAGUUUUGCAAAAAAACACCUAAUGUUGUAUAAUAAUGCCCCGAUGAUCUUGCUGGUUAAAAAUACAGUAUUUUUGGCCAUAA